AUGUCACAAUUGUUGUCUGCUAAUUGCAUGCAAAGUCUGCCAGCCGAGCUUGUGACGUUUUUAACCAGUAUGCAGUCGCAGUUCAGUGCACUUAACGAACGUACAGUACAUUUGGAAUCACUUGCUGCUAAAAAUGUCCAAUUGCAUGCUCAAUUAUCUAAUGUUGCUGCCUCUCAAAGACUAUUCUCUGACAAAACUGAUCCUGAUGGUUUUGAAUAUGCUUAUAUUUCUCGCUCACGCCACAUUACACACAGUGAAGUGCGCCGUUCUCUCUGCACUCUUGGUGUUGACACUGGCCGUCUAUUGGACAUUAACUUCCCUGGUUGUGGAGUGAUUGGAAUUCUUGUUCAUGUCUCUCUUGUCAACAACUUUGAUCCACUUGACCCCAAGAAUGCUGCUGAUCCCAAGUUUGUCAAUCUGUCUCUUUCUGGUCUGGAAACCCAGACCUUGGUUCUUCAAAAUGCUUGCUGCAUUCAGGCCCUUAAGUUUCUGCGUCCUCACCUUGUUCUUCUAGUUGCACACUUCCUUGUCUAA